CAGCGGCUGGCUGGCUGGCUGGCCCCAGUCACGCGGCCAACGCCGCACUCCAGAGAGAGACUCGGCCUUACUUGCCUCGAAGGAGCUUGUACAUGUCUGCCGUGUCUCGGUCUGGACACUUCAGCAUCAUCAUCGUUGUCUUCAUCUGCCUUCCCCUUUACAACAAACAACCUUGGUCACUCUCUCGUCAUCCAAGCACAUUGCCCUCAAAGGAGCUCGUGACCAGCACUUCCCAGCAGCAGCACUCGUAGGCAUUCCGCUGCCCACAACGAGGGCCCGAGUACCCCUGCAUCUCCCCAACCAGCACAAUGACGACCAGGUAUCGCGUGGAAUACGCGCUCAAGACACACCGGAGAGAUCAGUUCAUAGAAUGGAUCAAGGGCCUUCUCGCCGUGCCGUUUGUGCUGUACUCGCAGCCGACGGGCGUCUUUGACGUGGGCGUCACGGAAAUGUCAGAGGAGGCGCACCGGCGCUAUGCGGAGAUUAUGCGCGAUGUCGAGACGAUGCUCGACGACCACAUUCGCCUCGAGCAGGCUGUCCACCCACUGCCCUCGAAGCUCAAAAUGCUCGUACCCACGAUUGGGAGCUUCUUCACGCGGCUGCCCCUCGAGGCGGCCUUCAAGUCGCAGGACCGCAAGCGGUACAUCUCGUCGCGGCGUUACGUCUCGCCCUCGUUCAAUGAUGUCCGCCUGAUCCUCAACACGGCGCAGCUCAUGGCCGUCACCACCUACGGCUCCCUCCAGCUCGCCACGUUUGAUGGAGACGUCACACUUUAUGAUGACGGCGAGUCCCUCGAGAUAGACAACCCCGUCAUCCCGCGCAUGCUCGACCUCAUGCGCAAGAACGUCAAAAUCGGCAUCGUCACGGCUGCGGGCUACACCACCUCGGAGCGCUACUACUCGCGCCUGCACGGCCUGCUGGACGCCAUUGCCACCGAUGAGACGCUCACCCCGGCCCAGCGGCACAACAUUGUCAUCAUGGGCGGCGAGGCAAACUACCUCUUCGAGUUCGACCCGACCUCCGAGUUCCUGCUCAGCCCCGUGCCCCGCUCGCGCUGGCUCACCCCGGAGAUGCAGGCCUGGAGCGAGGACAGCAUCAACCGGCUGCUCGACAUUGCCGAGGCCGCGCUGCGCGACUGCAUCAAAAGCAUGAACCUCCCGGCCACGCUGAUGCGCAAGGACCGCGCGGUGGGCAUCAUCACAACCGACCCCAAGGUCAGGAUUCCCCGUGAGUCGCUCGAGGAGACGGUCCUCGUGGUGCAGAAGACGCUGGAGCUCAGCGUGCGCGCAGACCACACGUCGUCCGCCCCCGCCCCCGGCAGCAGCAACAACAACAACAACAAGAACGGAGGCGGCGGCGGAGUAAACAGGGUUGUCCCUUUCUGCGCGUUCAACGGAGGCCGCGACGUCUUUGUCGACAUUGGCGACAAGUCGUGGGGCGUGAGCGUUUGCCAGAAGUGGUUUGGGGGGUCGAGCCCCGCGGACGAGGGCAUGAUCAAGGGCGACCAGACGCUGCACGUGGGCGACCAGUUCCUGAGCGCCGGCGCCAACGACUUCAAGGCCCGCAGCGUCGGCACCACGGCCUGGAUCGCCAACCCAGCCGAGACGGUCGAGCUGUUGGACGAGCUUGCGGGGUUCAUGGGCAAGAAGAUUAGCUAGUGGUACAUAUGGAGCGUUGAGAAUUCUAAGCCAUUCUCUGGGCCUGGGGAAGGGCUGAAAUGACAAAUGGGACUUGAUAUAUUGGCCCGAUC